GGGUUGGGGAGGAUCAUUAUUCCUUUUUUCUUUUCUAUAUAUUCCCUGUCUAAUGCAAAACCCCAUCAUCAUCUCUUUCUCAUCACGCUGAUAUUACGGUAGUCGUCAGAAAUGGGAUCAGUAAAGGAAGAAUUCACGGUGGCAGUGAGGAAAAAUGAAGUUGUGGGAGCAGUGGCGCCUUUCCAAGACCAUUGGCUGCCACUGACCAACCUAGACCUGCUGCUGCCGCCGCUGGACUUCGGCGUUUUCUUCUGCUACAAGAAACCGACCAGCUCCCACAGCAGCCCAAUGUUAAGUGUUUUGAAGAAGUCCUUGGCUGAAGCACUUAUCUCUUACUAUGGUUUGGGUGGGGAGGUAGUCCCCAACGCCCUGGGGGAGCCGGAGCUUCUCUGUAACAACCGAGGUGUGGAUUUCGUGGAGGCUUAUGCAGAUAUUGAGCUUAGAAAUCUCAACUUUCAUAACCCGGAUGACAGCAUUGAAGGCAAAUUCGUACCUACAAAGAAACGUGGUGUGCUAGCCGUACAGGCAACUGAACUAAAAUGUGGGGGUAUAGUGGUGGCAUGCGCAUUUGAUCAUCGAGUAGCUGAUGCAUACACAGCCAACAUGUUUCUUGUGUCAUGGGCGGAGAUAGCUCAGUCGAAACCGGUUUCGAUGGUGCCAAGCUUUCGUCGAUCGCUGUUGAAUCCGAGACGACCAGGGCGUGCUGACCCGUCGCUGGACGAGAUGUAUGUGCCAAUACCCUCAUUGCCACCUCCAGAAGAAAACCAUGAACCUACUGAUCAUCUCAUAAGUCGCAUUUAUUACGUUAGUAGUGACCAAAUCAAUGAGCUUCAGUCACUUGCCUCUUCCGAUGGGGACAAAAGGUCCAAGCUCGAGUCAUUCAGUGCGUUUUUGUGGAAGCAGGUGGCAGCUUUUGCUGCCAGUAAAGAUAGAAACAGGAUAUCAAAAAUGGGGAUUGUUGUGGAUGGGAGGUCAAGGUUGGGGGAAGGAGAUGAAGACAAGGCCACUGCCAUGGCAUAUCACUUCGGAAAUGUGCUAUCCGUUCCGUAUGGAUCGCAACCUAUUGGUGAACUAAUUGAACAGCCUUUGUGUCGGGUGGCGAAACAAGUUCACGAAUUUCUAAAACCCGCGACGAAUAAGGAACAUUUCCUGGGACUGAUUGAUUGGGUCGAAGCUCACCGACCUGAGCCUGCAAUGACAAGGGUGUACAACGUGGUGAAGGAUGAUGGUCCGGCAGUGGUGGUGUCGUCAGGGCUUCGUUUCCCGGUUUCGAAGAUGGAUUUCGGAUGGGGUUGCCCAGCUUUUGGAUCGUACCAUUUCCCAUGGGGUGGACUUUGUGGAUACGUUAUGCCGAUGCCUAGUCCGGUGAGAGAUGGUGAUUGGGUGGUGUACAUGCUGCUAUUGAAAGGGCAGUUGGAGCAAAUAGAAAAAGAGGCUGCAUUGGUGUUUAGGCCCUUAACUUCUGAUUACCUUAAUCUCUAAGUUCGUUUCUCUGUUUGGGUAAAAUUUAAUCUGAUAAAAUAACGACAAAAUUCCCAUUCUAUAUUUCCUCUUUAAAAUUUUAAAGUUAAGGUAUUACUACUUAAAA